AUGAAUGUUUCUACUACUACUAGUAAUGGUGAUGGUUUGUUCAAACCUAAAUAUUUACAAGUUGUAGAUCGUGUCGUUACUACGACUCCUACCUACUACUGUUCGACAUCAAUAAGAUCAUAUUCAACAACUAUUAAUAACCACAAACAAGAGCAACAAGAACAAGAACAACAUAAACAACAACAGAAACUUCAAGAUAAAAGUAAACUACAAAAUCAACAAGACUUGUUAAGAAUUAUCAAAGAGAAACAAUCAACCCCUACUCCGACUGCUGCUACUACUACUACUACUACAACAUUGGAAGAUAUAAUUAUUGAAUAUUAUCAAUCAAAUGUAGAUCAAAUAACAGUAAAUGAAACAAAGUUAAUGAAUUGGGAUGCAUUACAUUGGGCAUCACUUUACAAUCAUACCGAUAUUUUAAAUUUGAUCAUUGACAAUAGAAUAAAUCAACAACAACAAUUCAAUAAUAAUAAUGAAAUAAUAUUUAAACAAGAUAAAUAUGGAGUAAGUCCAUUACAUAUUGCAGUACAACAAUCACAUUUGGAAUCGGUUGAUAUUUUAUUGGAACGUGGAUGCCAAGUCAAUGUUCGUGAUACAAAGCCAGGUGUCAGAUUAAGUUCUCUACACUUGGCACUACAAAAACAGACACCAAAUAUUGAAUUGAUCAAACGAUUGAUCAAACAUGGUGCAAACGUCAACCAAGAAACUACUGAAAGAAAAACACCAUUGUUUAGAGCAUGUUCACUUGCAAACUAUCAAGUUGUAGAAUUGUUAUUGAAAAAUGGUGCAAAUAUUAAUAUACAAGAUAAUCCAAGAACAAAUGGUUGGGAACCUUAUCGAGUAAAUACACCAUUCCACAUUGCAGUUAGUAAAGGUAAUUUGGAUAUAGUUAGAUUGUUGUUGGAUAAUGGAGGCAACCCUAAUCUAAAAUUAAUGGAUGAAAUGGGUGAAACAUUAUUGCAUGUUGCUGCAAUUGGUGAUGAUGCAGAUAUUGCAUCAUUAUUAUUGGAUAGAGGUGCUGACCCUUUGAUACCCGAUAAUAGAAAGUCCACACCUCUAGACUAUGCAAAUACAGCUCCACCGAAACAAAAUAUUAUUAAUUUAUUUGCUAGUCGUUCCAUUACUAAAUAA